AUGUUGUCCAGGAGGAUAGCCACCGCUGCGCGCAUGGCGCCGUUGCGCUCUAUGCACCCCCUUCGCUCCAACUACCUGGCGAUGCUUCCGCCCCUGAUGCAAACUGUGCGAACAUACUCCGACAAGGUAGUAAAAGUACCACAAAUGGCCGAGUCCAUAUCAGAGGGAACACUGAAGCAGUUCUCAAAGAGCAUUGGCGACUUCGUGGAGCAGGAUGAAGAGAUUGCGACGAUCGAGACUGACAAGAUCGACGUUGCUGUCAACGCCCCAGAAGCCGGGACUAUCAAGGAGUUUCUUGCCAGCGAGGAAGACACCGUAACCGUCGGACAAGACCUUGUCCGUAUCGAGCUCGGUGGAGCGCCGUCAGGCAGUAAAGAAGAACCCGCAGCCUCAAAAGAUGAAGCAAAGGAAGCAACAGAAUCAGAGCCAGUAAAGACGGAGACCAAACCGCAGCAGAGCCAGACAAGCCUAAACCCCGAACCCAAGCAAACAGAAAAGCCAGCGACAACAAGGGCAGCAUCCAAGGAAGCUCAGUCAGCUCAGUCAGAACCAAGCCAGACGUCCACUGCAUCAGCCUCUACAGGAAGCCGAGAAGAGCGCCGAGUCAAGAUGAACCGUAUGCGCCUUCGUAUUGCCGAACGCCUCAAGCAAUCACAAAACACUGCUGCCUCACUCACGACAUUCAAUGAGGUGGACAUGUCAAACAUCAUGGAGUUCCGCAAGUUAUACAAGGACGACGUGCUUAAAAAGACAGGCGUAAAAUUGGGGUUCAUGAGCGCCUUCUCCCGCGCGGCUGUUCUCGCCAUGCGGGACAUUCCGGCGGUCAAUGCCUCCAUCGAGGGCCCUAACGGCGGCGAUACCAUUGUCUACCGCGAUUACGUGGAUAUCAGCGUCGCAGUGGCUACCGAGAAGGGUCUUGUGACACCGGUUGUUCGUGACGUCGAGUCGAUGGAUCUUGUCACUAUUGAGAAGGCCAUAGCUGACAUGGGCAAGAAGGCACGCGAUGGUAAGUUGACAAUCGAAGAUAUGGCUGGUGGUACCUUUACCAUCAGCAAUGGCGGUGUAUUUGGCUCGUUGAUGGGAACACCUAUCAUCAAUCUGCCACAAAGUGCAGUUUUAGGUCUUCACGCGAUCAAGGACAGAGCAGUGGCCGUUAAUGGGAAAGUUGAGAUCCGACCAAUGAUGUAUCUGGCAUUGACUUACGAUCACCGCUUGCUCGAUGGCAGAGAGGCUGUGCAAUUCCUUGUUAAAGUCAAGGAAUACAUCGAGGACCCGAGACGUAUGCUUUUGUAG